CUCAGCCUUUGUUACGCUGUGACCUCCGCUGACCUCAGGAGCAGUCGGCAGGACGCCGCGAGUCCUCGGAAGCAGAGAAAUGGACUUAAUGACCUUUGAGGAUGUAGCAGUGAACUUCACCCUGGAGGAGUGGGCUUUGCUGGAUCAUUCCCAAAAGGAUCUUUACAGAGAAGUGAUGCUAGAAACCUUCAGGAACCUGACCUCUGUAGGAAUACAAUGGGAAGACCAGAACAUUGACAAUGAAUACAAAAAUUGUAGAAGAAAUCUAAGAAGUCAAGUGAUAGAGAGACUAUGUGGAUAUAAAGAAGGUAGUCCAUAUGAAGAAAUCUUCAGCCAGAUUUCAGAUCACAUUGUGAAAAAGAAAACUCCUGCUUUAAAACCAUGUGAAAGCCCUGUAUGUGGAGAAGUGACCAUUGGUCAUUCAUCCCUUAAUGGGCACAUCACAUCUGAUUUUGGACAUAGACUAUAUGAGUAUCAGGAAAAAUCCUAUGAACAUGAAGAACAUGAUGAAAUCUUUAACUGGACCAAUCUCAUUCAAAACUAUGAAAUAACUCAUACUGGGGAGAAACCCUAUGAAUGUAAGCAACAUGCAGAAGCCUGUAGGAGCUCCAGUUAUGUUCAGAUACAUGAAAGAACUCACAAUGGAUUAAAACUCUAUGAAUGUAAGCAAUGUGGGAAAGCCUUCAGGAGUUCCAGUUAUGUUCAGAUACAUGAAAGAACUCACAAUGGAGUGAAACCCUAUGAAUGUAAGCAAUGUGGGAAAUCUUUCAGCUGUUCCAGUUACAUUCGAAUACACGAAAGAACUCACACUGGAGAGAAACCCUAUGAAUGUAAGCAGUGUGGGAAAAUGUUCACUUAUCUCCAGAGUGUUAGAAGACACAUGAUAAUGCACAGUGGAGAUGGACCAUAUAAAUGUGAGGUAUGUGGGAAAACAUUUCAUUAUCCCAGUUUAUUUCGUAUACAUGAAAGAACACACACUGGAGAGAAACCCUAUGAAUGUAAACAAUGUGGUAAAGCCUUUAAGUGUCCCAGUUCUGUUCGAAAUCAUGAAACAACUCACUCUGGUGAGAAACCCUAUGAAUGUAAGCAGUGUGGGAAAGCCUUCAGUUGUCCAAGUUACAUUCGAAUGCAUGUAAGAACACAUGCUGGAGAGAAACCUUAUGAAUGUGAGGAAUGUGGGAAAAUAUUCACUUGUCUCAAAAGUGUUCGAAGACACAUGAUAAUACACAGUGGAGAGAGACCUUAUAAAUGUAAGCAAUGUGGGAAAGCCUUCAGUAGUUCCAGUUAUGUUAGAAUACAUGAAAGAACUCACACUGGAGAGAAACCCUAUGAAUGUAAGCAGUGUGGGAAAGGCUUAAGUAGUUCUAAUUCCUUUCGAAGACAUGAAAAAAUUCAUACUGGAGAGAAACCUUAUGAAUGUAAUGAAUGUGGGAAAGCCUUCAGGUGUCAAAAUUCCUUGUAUAAACAUGGAAAGACUCAUAGCAAAGAAUAAUUGUACAAGUAUAAGACAUGUGAUAAAGUCUUCUGUUGUUUCAGUCAUGAAUAUGUGAAUGAAUUUAAUACUGUACAGACACCCUGUGGAUGUAAGGGAUGUUGGAAAAUACUCUCUUGUCCCAGUUCCUUUUGUAAGAAUGAAAGAACUGAUCCUGAGGAGAAAUCCUACCUAAGGAAUGCAGGAAAGCUGAUAAUCUCACAGCCUUUCUAGCACACACAAGAAUGCAUGUGUAGAGAACUACUAUGAAUGGAGUUUGGAAAAGCUUUUAAUCCUCACAGUUCAAUUCAAAGCCAUGGAAGAACGCACAGGGAAAGAAUAUGAACGGUAUUCAAAUGUCUUCAGUUGGCUUACGUCCUAACAGCAUGUAAAAAUGUACAUUGGGGCUGGGGAUGUAGCUUAGUGGCAGAGCA